AUGGCUACUGUUCCUCAAAAUAAUCUGCAGGAGCAACUGGAACGUCAUUCAGCCAGAAAACUUAACAAUAAAUUAAGUCUUUCAAAACCAAAAUCUUCUGGUUUCACUUUUAAGAAGAAAGUCUCUUCAGCCAACGAUGUGUCUGUGACUAGUGUGUCAGUGGCAAAAACACCUGUGUUAAGUGAUAAAGAUGUUAAUGUUACUGAGGAUUCUUCCUACAUUGAAACUUCCCCGUAUACCACGAAUCAGCAGACAAGGAUCCGUGACUUUAAAAAUACUGCCACAGGACAGCAAACCAAGAGAACGGGUUCAAAACCAUUAUUGCCAGAGUUGGUGCAGAUUCCGCAGGCAGUUUUACAUACUACCCAGAGUACACCGAUUAUAAAGGAAUCCCGUGAUGCUACUUUCAAGAAAUUAGAAUUUAGUUCUUCAUCAGACUCUUUUAUUACCAUCAAUGAUUGGGACGAUAUGGAUGACUUUGAUACUUCCGGAAAUUCAAAAGCUUUUGUUACACCAGUCAGAAACCACUUCGUAAGAAUAAGCACUGCUCAGAAAUCAAAAAAGUCUAAGAAAAACUUUUCUAAAGCACAGCUUCAUACAGGAAAUGUAGUAAAGGCUGAUUUGACUCCAUGCUCCCCUGAUUGCAAGCAAGUAUGUUUGACUAAGGAACAGAAGGCCGACUCCAAAUGGACAAGUAGCGGUGUGAUUUGUAUUGAUGACGACUCCAAUUCUCAAGAGCUUACAAAUAAGGAUACUCAGGGUAGUCUCUUUUUAGAACUUCAUCUGGGAGAGGAAAGAGAUAAUAGUGAAAAGGAAAAAAACUUGGAAGAAACUGAAUUACAUUCAGUUGAGAAAUCUCCAUGUGUUGAACUCGAUGAAGACGAUUAUGAUAUAGAUUUUGUUCCACCUUCUCCAGCAGAAACGACUUCUGCCUCUUCUUCCUCUUUAAAAUGCUUUAGUAUGUUAAAGGAGCUUGACACCUGUGAGAGAGAGACGGACGGUCUCAGCACACCCGAGGGCUCGUCAAAGCCGGAGAAAAUGUCGGCUCGGCGGUCUACCCAAGAAACCAGCACAGACUGUGACGAUAGAGAGAUAAGUUUACAGCAGCAGCUUGUUCGAGUGAUGGUCCACAUCUGUAACUUAGUUGAUACCAUUCCUGACGAUGAACUGAAAGCUUUGGAUUGUGGGAACGACCUGCUCCAGCAGCGGGACAUAAGGAGAAAACUCCUUGCUGAAGCUGAUUUUAACCGGAGUGAGGCCGCUGUCCUUGGCUCAGUGUGGAGCUGCAGGCCUGGUGCAGUCGGUGACCCCGUGGAGCACGUGGCAUCUGUUUCCUUGCCUUAUGCGCUUCCAAAGGGUGGUUCCUGCCCUACAGGGAAUUCUGAUAAGAAGUUACAUUUUCUGCCCAUUUCCUCAAAUUCCAUUUGUUCUGAGGACUGUUUAGUGACUACUACCCCAGGAAAGACAGGGCUCUCAGCCACCAAGAAGAAUCUCUUUGAAAGACCAUUAUUCACUUCCCAUUUACAGAAGUCCUUUGUAAGUAGCAACUGGGCUGAAACACCAAGGACAGAGAAAAGAAAUGAAAGCUCUCAUUUCCCGGGAAAUGUACUUACAAGCACUGCUGUGAAAGAUCAGAAUAAACAUACUGCUUCAAUAGAUGACUUAGAAAUGCAGGCUUCCAAUGAGAUCGAUAAUUUUGACAUCGAGGACUUAGAUGAUGAUGAUGAGUGGGAAAAUAUAAUGCUUAACUUAGCAGCCAGCAAAUCUUCCACAGCUGCCUAUCAACCUAUUAAAGAAGGUCGACCAGUUAAAUCAGUAACAGAAAGAAUUUCUCCAGGCAAGACAAACGCUCUCCCAGCAGCGUUUACUGCUCAAAAUAAAAACUUCUCAGAGUCAAUUCAGAAUUACACUGAUCAGUCGGAGCAAAAUUUAGUGUCCAGAAAUCUGAAACAUGAGCAUUUCCGAAGUCUUAAUUUUCCUCACACAAAAGAAAUGAUGAAGAUUUUUCAUAAAAAAUUUGGCCUGCAUAAUUUUAGAACUAAUCAGCUAGAGGCGAUCAAUGCUACACUGCUUGGUGAAGAUUGUUUUAUCUUAAUGCCCACUGGAGGCGGUAAGAGUCUGUGUUACCAGCUCCCCGCCUGUGUUUCCCCGGGAGUCACUAUUGUCAUUUCCCCCUUGCGGUCACUUAUAGUCGACCAAGUCCAAAAGCUGACUUCAUUAGAUAUUCCAGCUACAUAUCUGACAGGUGAUAAGACUGACUCAGAAGCUACAAGCAUUUACCUCCAAUUAUCAAAAAAAGACCCAAUUAUAAAACUUCUUUAUGUUACUCCAGAGAAGAUCUGUGCAAGUAACAGACUAAUUUCUACUCUGGAGAAUCUGUAUGAGAGGAAGCUCUUGGCACGGUUUGUUAUCGAUGAAGCACAUUGUGUCAGUCAGUGGGGACAUGAUUUUCGUCAAGAUUACAAAAGAAUGAAUAUGCUUCGCCAGAAGUUUCCCUCCGUUCCGGUGAUGGCUCUUACUGCCACUGCUAACCCCAGGGUACAGAAGGACAUCCUCACUCAGCUGAAGAUUCUCAGACCUCAGGUGUUUACCAUGAGCUUUAACAGACACAAUCUAAAAUACUAUGUGUUACCAAAAAAGCCUAAAAAGGUGGCUUAUGAUUGCUUAGAGUGGAUCAGAAAGCAUCACCCACAUGAUUCGGGGAUAAUUUACUGCCUCUCCAGGCGGGAAUGUGACACAAUGGCCGACACCUUACGGCAGCACGGUCUCGCCGCCCUUGCAUAUCACGCUGGGCUCAGUGACUCUGCCAGAGACGAGGUGCAGCACAAGUGGGUCAAUCAGGAUGGCUGCCAGGUUAUCUGUGCGACAGUUGCAUUUGGGAUGGGGAUUGACAAGCCUGAUGUGCGAUUCGUCAUCCACGCAUCUCUCCCUAAGUCCGUGGAAGGUUAUUACCAAGAAUCUGGCAGAGCUGGAAGAGACGGGGAAAUAUCUCACUGCCUGCUUUUCUAUACCUAUUACGACGUGACUAGACUAAAGAGACUUAUACUGAUGGAAAAAGAUGGAAACCAUCAUACAAGAGAGACUCACUUCAAUAAUUUGUAUAGUAUGGUGCAUUACUGUGAAAAUAUAACAGAAUGCAGGAGAAUACAGCUUUUGGCUUACUUUGGUGAAAUUGGAUUUAAUCCUGAUUUUUGUAAGAAACACCCAGAUGUUUCUUGUGAUAAUUGCUGUAAUACAAAGGCUUAUAAGACACGAGAUGUGACUGACGAUGUAAAAAGUAUUGUAAGAUUUGUUCAAGAACAUAGUUCAACACAAGGAAUGAGAAAUACAAAGCAUGUAGGUCCUUGUGGGAGAUUUACUAUGAAUAUGCUGGUCGACAUUUUCUUGGGGAGUAAGAAUGCAAAGAUUCAGUCGGGGAUAUUUGGAAAGGGGUCUACGUAUUCACGACACAACGCCGAGAGGCUUUUUAAAAAGCUGAUACUUGACAAGAUCUUGGAUGAAGACUUAUUUAUCAAUGCUGUUGACCAACCGAUUGCCUAUGUGAUGCCCGGCAGUGAGGCCCAAACUCUACUAAACGGGCACAUAAAGGUAGACUUUAUGGAAACGGAAAAUUCCAGCCAUAUAAAAAAACAAAAAGCCUUAGUGACAAAGAUAUCUCAAAGAGAAGAGGUGGUUAAGAAGUGUCUGGGAGAACUUACAGAAGUCUGCAAAUCUCUGGGGAAAGUUUUUGGAGUCCAUUACUUCAAUAUCUUUAACACUGUGACUCUCAAGAAGCUUGCAGAAUCUUUAUCUUCUGAUCCCGAGGUUUUGCUUCAAAUUGAUGGUGUCACUGAAGACAAACUGGAAAAAUAUGGUGCAGAAGUGAUUCCAAUAUUACAGAAAUACUCUGAGUGGACAUUGCCAGCUGAGGACAGUUCCCCACGGCUGACCCCAUCCAGCAGCAGAGGUGCUGGGAAAAAUGGCUCUGAGGACUUCGAUGAGGAAACACCCUUAUCUUCUCACUACUUUGCAAAUAAAACCAAAAAUGAAAGAAAAAGGAAAAGGACGCCAGCCCGCCAAAGGACAAAAAGGAGAAAAACUGGUUUCGGUGAUACCAAGACAAAAGUGGGCUCCACCACAUGCAGAAAGAUGUCUUCUAAAACUAAAUCCUCUGGCAUACUUGGGCCAAGAUCAGCUGUGCAUGGUUCUCAGAUGGCACCAGGAGCCAGUAGAAAAUUGGGGAUUAUGGCCCCACCAAAGCCUGUAAACAGACCUUUCCUCAGGCCCUCAUAUGCAUUUUCAUAACAACCAAACCUCAAUGUACAGAGAUCCUGUUUCUUGUUUGUCACCAUCUGACCAUCUGUGAAUAUAAAGUUGUUAGUUUCAUUAUGCCGUUUGUAAUUUUUACCCGUAUCUAUUAAUAUUUAAAUAAA